CAUGCUAUGCUGAGGUCUACAGAGGUCUAUUAGGGAAGUAUUAAGUAGGAUGAGGAGUAAGGUGAAGUUAUGGAAUAAUGUGUGAUGGCUGGAAUCUUGAGUUUCUCUGGGAAAUUCUCUGCGAACAGGGAUACCACUGUACACCUGGCGCAAUUGAAAUUCCCCUCCAAAAUGGAGCCUCGAAGUAGCAUUGAUUUUGGGGCAGUAUCCAUCUGCACCAAUCGUCAACUUCGGGCAAGAGUGAAACCCAUCGCCCAUAGGUAAAGGAAAACCAUUGGGCGUCGUCCUAGAUGAGAAAUUCUUGAACUACUAUCAAGAAGCCAUCACACUAACUACAUCAUCUUCAACGGUGAGCGCGCUCAAGAGAGAUGCGUCAGACUUACACAAAGUGAACCAAAACAACUGUGCACAAACUCUCCGACCAGUCGAGAGACAAUUCCGCAGGUAGCGCCUGAGAGUCAGCUGAGGAAAUUGCGAUGAACGCCAAUGGCAUAGAAAAGCCAAGAGCAAAGAAACAGGUGCAUAUACAUCACCUAGAUGAAAAAGAACACAGUGCAAAGUAAUAAGCUGACUGCAUAGAAGCACACGGUAGAACAAACAAUCUACUACACAAUCAGCACAAGAUGAUGACAAUCGUCAAGCGAUCCGCUCGAAGAAUGAGAGACCUAAUCGCGUAUGAGCAUGCAGUCGCGAUGCCGAUAGUGGCAGCAGCAUACGCAGCCAAGUUGGCAGGUGGUGAGCCAGUCAGUGCAGCACUGGUGGCUUUCCUCGCGAUCAUCGCGAUGGAAGUAAGCCAAAUCUUCUAUUGGCUCCGCCGAAUCGCCCGUGCGAUCGAGUGCCAGUGUGAAGCCGAAGAAGCAGUGCUAGCACUCAACUACGGGAAACCGCAUCCCACAAGCGAGAUAAAGGCAGCAUCGCAGGCUCUUGCGAAAGGCCUCUACAUUGCCCCGCGGUUUAACCGACUAAGCGAGUGCUUGGAUUGAUUAUGUGCCUAAGGCUCACUCUACCCUAUAUGUCAGACUCACAGUAGCUACAAUGUAGAAAGGCCAUGAGCCUUAAAGCACGGCCAUGGAUGAAAAUAACGACCGAAAAAGUAGGGGUAAUUUUUCGGUCGUAAUUUUUGAAACACGGCCAUGAUUGAAAAUAACGACCGAAAAAGUAGGGGUAUUUUUUCGGUCGUAAUUUUUGUAAAUUUCCACAAGGCCUCUAACCUAUGAUCCGAGUAUGCACGUACCGAGUGGAGCAGACUGCGGCAGACGUAUGAGCCUUAAGGGGAGACCGUGGAGCGCACAUGACAGAAGACUACAUGGCACAUGGACUGGGUUGAUAGAUAGCCAGUCUAUUAGCCUAGCUGAGUUGCGCUGUUCAAUACUACAACAGGCCGUGCGCAAGGUGAUGAUAUUGCAUGUUGCAUGACACAUGAAAUCAUCACUAAUACUAUAACAAGACCACAAUAUAACGCAAGAUAUAACGCAAGCACGUGCCUCAUUUUCCUAUUUGCGAGUAGUAAUCGCGCCCCUAAGAAGGUGAAUGCGAGAAGUGCAGGAUGCCGCAUGUCCUCAUCGAUGUACCUGAUCCGAAAUCAUAAAGGAAAGGAGCAAACGCAACCGCUUCGUCGGUUGCUUGAGUCGAACAAAGGAAUCUGUCAAGGAACUGAUAGAAUGGUGAUGGUCCACAGUAUGGCCCACAGUAUGGCAAUGAGUCCUCGGUUGAAAGUAUCGGUAUGCGGUUUUUUCUUCCUCUCUUUUUUUGUCUGAUAGGAUCGGGUGACAAACAGUCGGUUCCUUGACUGAGACAACCCACCGUACGAGAUGCACACGCAUGCACACCGUGACUGAGAGGCGUAGCCAUGAGAUAACACAUGUCACACACAUACCUAAAUAUGUAAAACGUAACACGUUGUUGCUUUAUUACGUUGUUGUUGCUUUAUUACGUUGUUGCUUUAAGAAUCACAAAUAUAUCUAUACGAAAUCCCAAAGUCAUACAUUCCAAACCACACCCUAACGUAGAAGCUUGAUUUCUUCACUAUCGAGAAGCACAAGGAUGCCCUCAGCCUCUGGCAAGCUGCAAGCCUUCCCAAAACGUCGAGCGCACUCGGGUACUUGCGAUGACUUGGCUUCAUAUCUCCAAUAACUCACACACUCUCUCAGAUUUUGAAUAGACUGCUCGCUAGUAUAUGUAACGAACAUGAGCUACUCACUGUCAUAGACCGGAGACUCACCACCGGCAUCAGGUGAAAGUCACGUCACGCGCGUUUCUUUCUUGUUAUAUAACGAAACCAACACUCACAUCAGUUCCUGCAGUGAGCGGCGAGACUCCUGACCCUGACGGCCUACCAGCUCUCGACAAGAAACCAUUCUCCUACUCCGCCGCCAUCGCCAAGAUAACUGACGAAGAGAAAGAAGGUUUCUACAGGUUAUUCAUGGUUUGUGAUAAACAUAGAGAGAGCCUUGCUAGAAACGAAGGUAGCAACAUAGCACAACUGGCGCAGGUGUUCGUUAAUUCUGUAAUGAAUGAAUUCAAGAGGCAGGACCCUCGCCAGCUGUGCGCCAACAAUAGUAAACAUCUGACUUUCAUCAAGCAUCACCUUACCCGAAAAAUCAACCAGGUACUUCAGCGGUGACCCCGAAAGCAGAUCCACCGUCACCAUCCCGAUCAACCUCGUCGUCGGUUAGCAACUUGUUCCUCCCGUUAACUCCGCCAAAAACGACGACCAGCGACAACCUGACCCUCCAGCUCACACCACAGCAAGCAGCUACCCGUAGCAACCUGCUCCUCCUAGCCUCGGAAAGGGCUUUGCCCGCCGCAUCGACACCAUCACCAUCGUGCUCCCUUCACACGCCUGCAGGUGCUGGCUGUAUGCCAUGAGAUUGGAGCUAGGAUGAGACAUACGAUAGGACUAGCGUGAACCUCUCCGGGGUUGAUUGAUCAUGUAGCAUCCGAGUAGUGUUGUUAGCCUCACUGAGACCGCGCCCUUGAUACAGCAAAAGCCAUCUCCAUCUCCUGACACUCAAGAAUAGAGCCACGAUAGUCACUCAAUGAUGUAGGUUGCACACAGGUGGCGAGUAGAUGUAGUAGUAGCGACUGUCAAUGAUUACUUUAGGGCGGUCCGGUCUUUUCUUAGCACCUUCAUAGUGAGAGAUAGCAAACUAGGCAGACAUCCCCAAUCACCAUACGACGCUGAUAGUCACCAUAGUCACCACUGUAUGGGGAGCUGCUAUCAAAGCACUUGAGUAGCUGACAGCAAUAGCUUACAUGUGUUCAAAAACUACCCAGGUAGUACACCCGUGUGCCUCCCUAACGGAGCAGCAACUCCACGCAGCUCUGGAGAACAGAGAAGCACCUUCAGUACCCCGGCCCACGUUCUACAGCAUCACAAGCGAGACCGCAGCAAAAGUGGCCAGAAACUGCAAUCAGGGGAUUCUGUCAAGAAACCCCCAGCAAAGAAGCAGCGAGCAUGUGAUAAGAAGCAACAAGAAGAAGGUAAAGCUCAGGAUAGACCCUAGUUAUCCGUGGCUAAGAAGUAAGAAAAUAGGACGAUUUUCAACAUGAAAGUUCUGAACCUGUACCCCUAGCACGACUAUCGCCCCCAUUACACGCAGGUCCAUCCUCGCCGAGAAGCCCGAUCCAACAAGAGACACCCAUCGAAGUCUUACGCCUCCAGCGGCUAGGCAUCCCGAAAAACGAAAUAUCCAUCGCCUUAGCCGACCACUGCGACGCGACCACCCUAGUACCGACCGAGUUACUAGCGCCGGCACCGCACGAAGUUUGCGAGGCCAUCGUAGGUGACCUCAAAGCAGUACCACCACACAACGCUGAGAGGCUCCGACUACUGAAAAGUAUCGACAGCCUCGCAAAGGCGAACAAAGUUCUCGCAACGCAGAACGAAACACUAAAAGGAGCCCUCAAAAAGGAGCGAAACGCUUCCCGGGUCUCCUUCUCCAAAGGAGCACCCGGCAUAGGUACCCUAACAAGUAGAUCUUUAAAGGAACGCUCUUAGCUCUAUUGAUAGCCUGUACGUAGAAAAUAGGACACAACACAGAGCAAGAACACCCUGAAAUCCGACGUAAUGUGCGGUAAAGGGCCUUGCAGGUAAGACUUAAAACGGAAAACUCACAAGUGACCUAAUGGGUGACCAAAAACCCACGAACAGGCCAGCAUGGACAACCGCCAGCAAAACAGCGACGCAGAAAUGCUGCCCGCCGAGCAGCGCGACUGCUCAAAGGACACUGUGGUAGAGCCCAAAGACCUGCCAGCCAGUGAACCCCCAAACCACGUGACCAAAGACGAACAAAGGGGAGACUCCUCAUCAAGCAAACGCACCAACUCGGAAACAAACAGUAAGGAGCCCAAACUCCGGAAGGUCACAACUGAACCAAAACCAUACGAAGGGAGACCGAAAUGUAUGAAGGACACACUACCGCUAGAAUUCAUCAUCGAGAGAAGUCAUGGCGACGCAACUAUAGCUAUGACUGAGUACGACUUAAUCUCUGACUUCUUCAACGAACACCCAUCCGCUACGAGUGACAGGCUAAGUUUUAAUGGGAAGACGUUCGUCCAGUGGCUCGACCUACUCUUCCAAACGAGCGACGCGAUAGCGCAAGAAAAUAACCAGCUCGCGCUCGAAAAGUGCUUCCCUAAGCGAUCAGCUGUAGGAAAGCCGUCACCUGUCCAAAAACUAAUCAACAAAGAACCGCGAGAAUUCGCGCUGAGAGUACUCACAGCCGAACUCCUACCGGAUAAGGUCAUUAGGGAACGAUCGCCGGAGCAGGGCAGCCUCCUGGCAGACGUCCCCAGGCAAGAGAUCACCAACGUCGAAGAAGUUCGAAACGCCUACAAAUCAGCAGAACUCAGGGCAGAAGAUGUAGAGAAUUAUAUAGCAGAAGGGUGGUUCAUCGAGCCGAUCUUCUACCAACUAGUAACAGCAUACCGGUGCUCGAACAACUGCCCAAAAGCAGCAUGCUUCCUGUUCGACACACUACCGCCAAUCGUGAAGAACACAAUCCUGAAACUUCGCUACUCGCUGUACCACGCGAGAUACCAGCACCGACUCCUUCCAGAAGUGAUCUGGGACGCUAUCAUCGGUGGAACAAAAUCGCUCUCCGAGAAUACCAAGGAACGAGACAGAGGGAUCCAUCCGGACAUCCUCCAAGCAGUUGAAGCAGUCCUCCAACUCUUGCAGUGCUACCACCGGCCCGACGACACCUUCCACUCUGGUAACUGGGAGAGUCCCCUCCCAGUGAGAUCACUGAAGGAGACGAUCAGCCAAGCCAUGGCACAACAGCAGAAUUGGGCUAUGUGCCAAAAACAAAAGCAGAAAACAUGGGCGAACUAUCAGGAGGAUAACAGCAUCAAAGAGGUCCCAGGCAUCUCGGAGCAGUAUCGCAUCUCAUGCGCAGAGUGGCCAGGCGUCGACAUGGGAUAUGCCAACUACUUUGCCUCGUCUGUAAUCGACUGUCAAAAGUGGACACCACUCAGCACAGCAGAAGACGACUCUCCAACUGAAGACUCUGACGAAUACAGCGAAAACCCAGCGAAGGACAUCCAGGACCUGCUCGCCGCCGGAAAAAUAACCCUAGAUGAGAUAAAUGGCGAGCAGCAUGAAGCAAAGCCGAAGGCGAAAACGCAGUCCGUCUCCUUUGUCUCGCCAGCCAAGCGGACACCUAAACACAAGACAGAAAAGCAAAAAGCAUCCGCAGCCAACCAGGCAAGAAUCAGGUCUGCCUUUGGAAGCCACUUCGGUCAUGAGAUCGAACCAGACUCCCCGGAAAGUCCGGAAGGAUGGGAGUACGAAGACGGAAGCGCUGACCAGUGGGAUCCUCCGACAGCAGACGGCAGAGCGCUCCAACAUGGACCAAAGUCGUCGAAAUGCCCAUGGGGUUACCCUCAUUAUGAGGACCCGCUACCUCCAAACUACAUGGCAGAAGCGUGCGGCCACGGAUCGGAGGCAGCGCUGUCACUCGUUACGGCCAUGCGUGUACUACCGCCAGGCUUGGUGGCAAAGAGUGAAAUCUAGCACAGGCAUUUACCUUAGCAAUUCUCUCCUCUCUAAUCCCUACGCGCUACACCUGUACUGCUUCAUGGCAGCCAGACCAGGCGCAGCUGAAUCAAUGCCCCGACUCCUGAGUCCGCUCGUAUUCCGAAAAGUCAGAAGGUGCGUCGACGCCAUCAUCUCAGAAGAUGAAAAUCACCUGGAAGCACCGGUAAGCACGACCAAGAGUAGCCCAGUCUUUGCACUCAUCCACAAUCAACAAGCGGCGCAAAUCGUGAAAUCAAAGAAAGAGGCACCAAUAACACUGGACACAUUUGCGGACGCACUGACCAUCCUCUCAAUCAACCAAUAUGACCCAGCAAUCAUGCUGAACAGGAAGGCGGACGAAGUAAUCAACGAACUGCACCUGACACCACACGCCACUGUCAGCCUCAGAGCCUCUCUCCGAGAAAUCAUCGAAACACUAGGAGCAUCCAGCCUGUUCACAGGAUACUCGAUACCUCCGAGCUUCUUCGGUCUCCAAUCAGAUGAACUUUCAAGGGCAGUAAAAGCAGCCGAGAAAGUACUCCAGUCAGUAGUUACGAUGCACGACCACGUCAAUGACUUCAACUCAGAAAACCACAAAAAGCUCCUCGAAGUCGCAAAAGGUGAAAGAGCUUGCCUCAUCAUGCUCUACGCUGCCAAAGUGCUCGGCAGUAACUUCCAAAAGUUUACCGAGCUCCGAGAUGCAAUGAAAUGCGUCCAAGGCUUAGGCGCAGCACUCUGGAAACUAAAGCAGACUGCUAUGAUCUCGCACUUGGCAAGUGACCUCAAGUGCGACCCAUCCAAGACAGCAAAACUCUCAAAACGGGAGAUCAUCGAUAUCCUCCGCCGCAUCAAAGACACAGCACCAGCACAGCCAGCUGAGAAAAAGGGAAAAGGAAAAGGAAAGAGCAAAGGAAAAGGAAACGCAAAAGGCAAAUCAGCGAACGGAGUCAAUGCCUACAACUACCAAGGCAAUGCCUAUGGGGGUCUGUACAAAGGAGGCGACCAUGGGAAACACAACAAAGGAAAAGGUAAGGAGAAAGGAAAAGGCAAAGGCAAAAAAGGCAGCAAGGGAGGUAUCGCGAACCUUAUUUGCAAAACAAUUGAUGUGAUAACCGAGUGCACGCCACUAACACGAAAUCAAAUACACGCUACACAUUUGUGCCCCCUCCAUCUAGCAAACCGACUCAAACUUACAGUGCUGAACGAAAGCGGAGAAUUGAUAGCACCACACUGCAAGAACGGACACGACCACACAACCACUGAAGCGCUUGCAAAAGGUGCGAAGGGAUCAGGAGCCGGAAAAAGAGACUCCUAGAGUACUUAUCGCACAUGUCAUGGCUGUGCUCCGUAUCAAGGGAUGAAAAUAAACAGAACUGAGCACGUGGAGCAUAAUACUGAAGCUAUAUUAUAAACUUAGCUAUCUUGAAAUAGGCCAUCAACUUUAUAAUCUCCAUAAUCAAAAUCCUCAGCAUGUGCGGGGCCGCCGAUACCUCGGGGCAGAAGUGGCACACAGAGCACAGUGUUCCCAGGAGCAGGACGGCCGCUAGGUGUGCGGUUGACACCAUACUGCACAGAAUGUGGUAGAGCUGUGGUUCACUGUGCAUACUGUGGAGCUGGACCAGGUGCACCCGAGAAGGCAAGCACCAACCAGCACACGCCAGUGGGGGCAAAGUCUUGCUGUCAGCAAGGCACUCCCUCGUUCCAGUGAGACCGGGGAGAUACCAACCAAGAUGAGAUAAAUUCUAAUCAUCUUGGCAGUCGUUCUUUCCUGCAAAAUUUUAGCAGAAUACAUGAAGAAAGGAGCUGCCCUCUUUAGCAGAAACUACAUACCGAAGGAUAUUGAAAAUAAUAAGAACGCAAAUGACGUCCUUGAAAUUAAUAGGGGAAAACUCUACAGCAGUCGCAUAUAAUACGCACAACACGAUGUGCCAAGUGUUCAAAUAAGUGGAACCAUGAGCAUCCAUGGCCAUUAACAUCUACCAAGGGCGUCCUGAUCGAGUCGGUGAAUUAAGUACUAACCCCCCCCCCUUAAAAAAGACUUCUUCUUCCCCCAAAUGAGACCGAUGCACGAGUUGCAAUAUAAAAGUAAAUGCCACCCGGUGCCUAUACAUGUAACAUAUCUAGCCCGACCAUCUAACACGCCCCAGCCUAUAUAUUAGUAAUAAUCAAAACGGGGAAUAGCCCUACGCGAUGCCCUGACAUUUGAGGCACCUAAGACACGGACCAACAUGGAAGACCACACAAUUACGGCAUCAAGCUCGGACCUUGAUGCCCCCAUGCGGAAGCUAGUGCGUGACUACGCAGCAACGACACUAGGCCAGCCCUCAGCCGCACAUGCCAAAAAACUACACGACAAACUCGACACCCUCAACAGCCUCUACGAAUCAAGCCCACACUGGACCAAACAAGACACAGAGUCCCGGAGCAGAGAGUCACGCCAAGCGUCAACACUCUACGACACACCCAGGCCAGAAAACUACAACCGCAAAACUGCUAGUAGGUUCCUAUACUGGGCUGAAGUAUCAAACUUCAUGGACGAAACCAGAAGGAUGGCAGUGUAUGGACCAGAUGGCUUCUUCGAAAAAGGACUCCCAAGCACAGGCCCAGUCUUCAGGUAAUAACAUGACUAGCAUGACAUAUGGCCUACAAAGGUGCAACUCAAUACACUGAUCGAGAUACGACAACCAAGCGAGACAUCAUUAGCAACGCCCAAACACAUCACAGAUAUGGAGUGUGGCCAAACGCAAAGCCCCUAACGAACAAGGAAAUCGACGAACUCAGAGCAUGCCAACUCCACCAGCGCCAUCCUCAAGUAAAAAUCCGACAGAGCGGCCCCUACGAGUUUGAAACCCCUGAAGAACUACAAAGGGGCUACGACACAAUGCAAGAAAGCGUCAGCGCGGGCUUCCUGUCGCCCACAUCUCCACCCACCACCAACAACCAAGGCACUCUAUACACAGCUGAAGGAGUAAAAGUCGAGAGGCUCGUGCCAAUUUUCUCCAUCGGACAAAAAUACUGCUACAACGUAAACUCCUGGCUUAAAGUAAGAAACAUAGCAAACGAGAAACGAGACAACAAAAUGUGUUCCGCUAUUAGCGAACAUCUAACGCUCCCGAAUGUCCCGCACAUCCUAAACAUCCUCCAAAAAUGCGUCGCGCCACUAAUCGACGCACCAGCAACGAUGACAAAGCGGCACCUAUCUGAUCAAGUCAACCAAGAAAGGCAGCGAGUCGACCGGUGGCAGGACAUGACGACAAUAACUGGCGGAUGGGAAUCCCAGCCCACAACGUCGGAAGACCAGCCUGGAUUCACUCCAGUAGUCAGUAAAAUAGACCUGUCUAGUGCAUACUUCCAGCUCCCAAAUGACUCCAGCGAAGGAGCAUACCUCCUCUCCUACUGGGAUCCGAAUACCAACACAAUGAGACUCGCGACCACAAGGUCGAUGACCUUUGGCAACAUCCACAGCGUCUUCAACUUCACUGGCAGCAUCAGCCGCCUCAUCGAGCAUACCCUGCAGACAGUAUUCGGAAUUAUCGUGGUAGUAUACUUAUGGCAUAGCAUAUGUAUACCACCUCCAGAAACACUCCCCGCCACAAGCAUCGGCGCCCCUCUAACUCAAGUGGACGAUAUCGUCAAUAUCUCAAGACCCGAACUAGCGGCCGCUGAGCACGCCUUUACCAAACGCUUCCUGCAAUCGCUUGGCCUAAUUCAAGCAGACAAGAAAGACGUCAUCGGAGCACUCGACACCGCAACCGAAACGCUGGGACUGAAUAUACUAACGUCAUCGCCUGGAAGUAGUGAAGCACCCAUCCAGAUCAUGAAUCCAAGCAACAAGAUCGAAGACGCCAUAAUCAUCAUAGAAGCUACCAUCGCGAAAAUCCUAGCAAACAGCAUGACGUUAAGAGAUCUACAGAGAGCAGUAGGGAUCCUCAACCACUACCUCUUCUGGAGGCAAUGCCUAAGCUGUGGCCCGUUCGUCGCUAUGCUCUUCCGAUACACUGCGGAAGGCAAGUUCGGCCACUUGUGUAAGUCCAGAGCUCUUCGACGAACAACAGCGCGUCUACUCAAAGACUCCAACAAUGCCCUCCAGAGAAUGCCUGGGUUACUGAUAUGCCCCAUCAGACUCGGUCGCAAAACAAGUGAAGUAUUUACAGAUGCAUCACUAACGCAGGCGGGUGACCUAUGGAUCGGUGGAGUGGUUUUUUCAGUCGACCUCCCGCGGCCGUUGUGCUUCUCUUUCAACUACUCGAUGAGAAGAGGCCCCAUGUAUGAGAGAGCGCGACGGAUCCGCGAAUUACUGAGAGAAGGGACUUCGUCAAGCGGGCUGCUACCCCUAGACACACUUAACCUAAAAACAAAAAGCCGAAGUCCCCUCACUGAGUAACGUCGUUUGGGGUAACUCUAACCGCACCAGCUACAACCUAUCGAGCUCCGCGAUAAAACGAACUACUUCUAUGAACUUCUAGCAGUGCACGUAGCAUUCGAACUGUUCUCAGACUACCUCAGCAACCAAAAUGCAGUCUUCUACAUCGACAACCUAGGGGCUGGGUACGCUCUCCUAAAAGGCCAAACUGGGUGCAUCUACUCAGCAUCUCUGAUAGGACAUAUCAUCCUGGCAGCACAGCAGCAGGUGUGCACUAUGACAAUCAAAUGGAUCAAGAGCGAAAGAAACCCCGCAGACGCCCUCACGAGGAGUGAGCACUUCCGUGACUUCAUCUUACGAACAAACGCAGAAGCGAUCGCCCAAAGUGACUCAGAAGCCCGCAGCUCAGUAAUGACCAACAUCGCAGACGAAAUAAUUGACAAAGUCAAUAGGUGCACACUCAACGACACGCCGCAGAAUGUCCAAACGCGCCAGGGCGAAGAACCUGCUCCGAGACCCAACGACGAGGCUCGUAAUUUUAUGGCUACAAUACCGAACUACGUAGCUAAAUGCACAGGCUUGCACUAGAUACCACCCAUCAGAGUGACACUCUAAUCCAUGAGCAGGAGCUGAACACUUGGCCGCAAGAAUUGGGAAAAUCAGACAAAACGAUGGCAGGGCGAAGAGGCCACUGGGCGUCAUUCGUCACCUGGUACAACCUCAACCACAGCGAAAAAAUCAUCAUCCCAAAGCUAGUACAGCACACGUCCCAGGUUCGGGUGCCACAGAUGACCUUCGUGCAAAUCUUCCAAUUUGGGAAGCACCUGCUUGACAUGGAUCUAUCCCCAUCCUACCACAUCUACCUAGCCACAGUAAUACAACGACUCAAAUGCCUCAACCGGUUAGCAGUCGGCUCACCCUUCGCGAAAGACCUCGAGAAAAACACCCUCAACUCGCUGAACAAACUACGGGACGAGUUUUCUAGGUCAAAAGCAAGGCCAGUAAGCUGGAAUAAGCUCCAGAUGAUGAGCAACGUGCACAAAAUAAGAGCACGACUGUGGAUAGCAGGAGCAUACCGAAUAUCAUCAAUAUCAUCGAUAGAGACAAAUCUAGUCAAGCCACUCCCAAACGCGUCAGAAUGGGCGGUGGUUGUCUUGCCCAAAAUGAAAUACAACCCAGAUGCGAGUGAUGUUUUUUCCAACGUGAUACCGUCAAAAUAUGCGCCGAGUCCUGCCUUCAGACUCGACGAGAGGGAAUGUAGAGCAACAGCGAGAGAAGCCGACACAACACCGCACGGGUUUCGCCGAACGGCAGCCCUAGCCAUACGACUCGUCCUGCUGAGUUUAGGGAUCCAAACUGUGUCAUCGGUCCCGUGGAAGAUAAUUGCACGCAUAGCAGACCACUUUGCGUGGUCAAGAAACUCGGCCGUGAACCAAUUUAAUAACUACACACUUGACUGGUACUUGUAUACACACCAUUCCUUUUUCUUCCCGGAUGAGUUGAUGACGUAUUUAACAUGCAACAAAGCUAAGCCACAAGGCACACCCAACAAGUGGACGCUCAAACCUCUGCCAUCAAACCCUGACCCAAUCUAAUGCGGAACCAAAUUGAACACAUUAGGCAUAGUAUGCCGAAAAACUCAACACAUUAAGCAUAGUAUGCGAACACAAAGUAAGCACAUCAAAUUCAAAACAAACAACAUGCCACACCCCGAGAGCUCCAACAUAGCAGACGGCCCAGUGUUCGUCAGGUGCACGAGCCACCAGGACACCACCUGCAACUGUGGGACAGUCCCAACACAACUCCAACCAGUACCACCCCCAGAAGCUCUAGAUCAAGAUGCGCCUGAAGGGACGUGGAUCCUUACACUGCAAAUCGACUAUUUGAACGGCGCUAAAGAUCGACAAAAUGCCGCACUGCCUCCCCAUGUUGCGCAACGCAUCGCGGACAUGGUCGAUAGUGAAAUCCUAAAGUAUUUCGAUGAAGACGGGUCGACCUCCUCUUCCCAUGCGUCCUCCAGUGGCUCCCCUUCGUUGACCAAUAUGACCCCAUCAGAUAGUAGCUAGCAAUAAUACAGGCCCUAGAUAUACCGACACACGUAAAAAAGCGCAGCUCAAUACUCACAAAAACGCAUGACCUCCCAACCUGCCGGGACUGCGAAUAGUCGUAACCGCUGUGCACCAGUAAACUCCACAAGGAUGAUAAUCCCUGCAGACUCAGACGGGCCCCGCGUCGAAGACUGGUAUUACUUGUGCAUGGCGCUAGAAAAUACAGCAGUUAGGUAACACAUGCGCAACACCUUAUUGACCGAACAGCACAACACCAAUAAGAGCAACCAAUACUGAACCCGAACUAACACCAGGCUACUGCGAUCACCGUACGGCUGGACAUACACGAUCCGUUUUGGCCUCACAAGAGGAGAAGAAGUCCAAUAUGUUGCAACAUUCACCUGCCACUGCGGACAGUUGAAAGUAGAAGUCAAGAAACUGCGCCCAGAUCUACCCCCUGGCAUGGACAAAGUCAUCCUAUCCAUGGAAAUUGAUCUUGAAUAAAUAAGAAAAAUCGCACCAAGCCUCCACGAAGUCCACAUCAUGCUACAAGAUCAAGCGCGGCCUUGUCGUGCCAGUGUUCCUAUGUAUAACGUGAGUAAAAUUAUCAAAAAGAUCUUAAAGCGCCCUUCGGCCAAAGUGACACUAGACAAACGCUAACGAUCUGAAUUCAGAAUAACGUAGGAAGUGCGGAAGAUAAGCAACACAUGAGAAAAAGAUGAUCCGCCGAACAUGCACGUCCGCACCUCCAAUGCGUCGCCCACCGUGCCAGGCGAGUGAGUAUGGACCUCACUCACCAGGCCGGAAGCUAUCCGCACUAGUACAUACUAGACUGCGCAGAAAAGUCGACCGCCUGGAAAAGCGCCUGGAGCACAACAGCCAGUAUCUGAGCUUAAGCCACGACGCACUUUAUACAAACAGUGCGUCACUUCUCAAGCAAUUCAUUCCGUAUCAGAAUGCUUGAGAAGCAGGAAACGCAGCUGGCUGAUAUAAAGUCAUCAAAGCUAACCCUUUAAAGCCUGACCUAGAAGCAGAGUUGGAAUACUACGAAGCACACAUGUGGCCACCGCUGAAGAAGCAGAGAGUUGGGGAAGCAAACGAAGCACCCUCAUCCUCGACAGUGUCAGAAUCUGCACUACAGUCACGACUCGACACACAGGAGCAGUCACUACCCCAAACUAGUAAUGGCGACCACCUUGAUAUAUCUGUAAAAUGGGUAGGACUAAAACGGCGAAUAGUCGACGACUAUGCCCUUGAGUAGGCUGCCCAGUGGCAAAAGCAACACGUUGAAAAUACAAAUAAGACAUAUAUCGCAUCUUUGCAAUGUUGUCGCAGGCCAUGAAAUAAGCCCUGCAAAUGUAGAAUGAAAAACCACACUAGCAGACUUCUCGUUACCGUCUAGAAACCUACGAACUACACCUCGCAUUCGCCCCCCUUAUGGAAAGGGUAGAAAAUAUAGCCAGGACGACCGCGAGGAAAGUAGGAGGAAUUUAGACUAAAAGUCAAAUACCGGCGUCUAAGCAAUAUUUGGCGAAAGUACGUCGGUGAUUGCAAGGUCUGAAGCCUCUCGGUUGAGAGUCGGUAGAGUGAGAAGUAAGGACUGAGUGCUGAGCGCGCUCAUCCUAAAUUACUGCGUGUUAGUGGUUAUCGGUGGUAACUAAACCAACUAAGAACGUAACCGUCAUGACGAAGGAUACUUGUAACAAGUUCGUAGAAGUUUUACAUGCCAUACAUAUAAGAUGUAGUAACUGAUACUGAAGAUGAUCAUUGAUUAGAUCCUACAUCUCUUCUAAGUCCGCCCUACAACUCAGGCUCAGAAGCUGCUCCACGCACACGAGAAGGGUUUCAUGGUAGCACAAAACACGAAGAGGAUGUUCAUAGAGUGUGCAUGGGAAACUAGAGAUUGGGAAAUGUCUGUGGAGG